AUGGAAGAUAAAGCUAAGGAAAACACUACAAACACAGUAAAAACAGACAAAGUGGUCCUUCUACCCACUUAUUUGGGAAGAAGGACUUCAAGGAUUAGGGUGGAGGGAAAUCCACUGGAAAUUGAUGUGGCUUGGGUUGUAGUGGCUGUUCUUCUGGGAAGUGAGGAAGAACUAGCUGUCCUCCAAGCCACAAAGAUGGAAGGCUCGGUUUGGAAAGGACAAACAAUGGAUCUGUUUGUACAGGCUGCAGUGGAGACACUCGAAAAUUUGGUGGAGAUGGUAUCAAUCGGAGAUAUGGUGUUGAAAGUAGAAGUCUGUACCUUAGUUUUUAAUGAAAUGGCAUCAGCAAGUAGCGAUUCCGACUUUGAAGGUUUUACUCUUGACGAUAUAGAAAAUAUAAAUGAAAACAAGAGUAUUUUGUCUUUCGACAAAUCUGAUAUUGAUGUUGGCACAACUGUGUAUCUACCUGGGAAAAAUCUCAGUGUAGAUGAUGCCAUGAUAGGCUAUAAGAGCAGAGUACAUUUUCAGCAGUACAUGCCUGCCAAACCUACUAAAUGGGGGAUCAAGGUAUGGGAAGUUUGUGAAUCAGACACUGGAUAUUGUGUAAACUUCGAUGUUUACACAAGGAAAAAAUAUAAUGGAAACAGACCAUAUGGAUUGGGACAUGAUGUAGUAUGGUUUCUUACUGAGCCAUUUCACCAUCAGCACCGACACCUCUAUUUUGACUGUUUUUUUAUUUCUUCAGUGGCUUUGGCAGAAUAUCUUGACCGUGCAGAGCAGUUGGUGUAUUUCUCCACUGCAUCCACACGUGGGAUUACAAUGAGGGGAAUUAGGAGGCCAGAAAUUGGGGCUUGUGAAAUCACAGCAAUUCUCCAACAACCACUUCUGACUCUUUCCAGAGGAUUGUCAGCUGAAGAUAAUGCUGACUCGACAUCCACCGAUACUGCAACAACCUCUAGUGAGAGUAACAAGUCUAUGCAAGAUAAGAAAGUUGGAGAGGCAGAGUCUCCUGGCCAAAGCAGACAGGUUGAUGAUGAGACAGAAAUCUCUGAAGAUGAGAAUGGGGGUCAAACUACAGAUGAGAAGACACAAAAUGAAGGAAAAAGAGAUAGUAAUGAAGACAAAAAAAUAUUAACAAAGGAUGAAGCAUUUGACCGAACUGUUGGUGAAGCAAUUGCAGCAAUUAACUCUUUAGAAACAAUGACUAUGAUGCCAGGGCAAGGAUCACAUACGGACAAUUUGCAGACAACUUUGUUAAACAACAAUGAUGGUUAUAGUGAAAAUGGGAGGAAAGCUGCAGAUAUUGAUGGCAGACAAAAAGAAGAAAAGCAGCAACAAUGGCCACAUGUGCUGAAGACUUCUCCACCAGUUAAGGAGUUUCAGCAAGGCAUGUCCACCUCAGCUUCAGUAUUGUUAUCAUCUUCUUCUGAUGCAACAACUGGCCAUCCACAUUCAACAACACACUUUAAUGAGGCAACAUUGUAUGACAAGGAGCCAGACAGCAGUUCAUUAGGAUUUGACAGUGCACAAGCAAGCAUUGCACCCACUCGUUCAGUAACCUCUGACAAUAGAGCUUCAGAAAAUUACGAUCAAAGACUUUCCUCAGAUACGGAUAAAUUUUUACAUACCUCCAAUGGCAAUGUUGAUGGACAAGGAAGUCAAAGCAGUGUGGGUUAUGAAAGAAACACGGAGACCAUGAAGUUGACUUCUAGUAGUGGUGGCAGUAGCACAGCAACUGAUGCUCCUGGAAGUACAAUACCUUCUUCAUGGGUGCAUGCAACUGUGCCACCCAUCACAGGUCACCACAGUGAUGAUAAGGAUGACUCUAUGAGGGGUACAUCAAUCUCUGUGUCACCCUCAACAACAAAGCCCUUCUUAAGCAGUUCACUGAGUUAUGAUAACAGUGGUGGUGACAGUGCUAGCAAUUAUAAUGAUAGUGAUAAUGUUCCUGUUGUUGAUCAAAGUUCGGAAAGAUGGAAUAGCAUAAGACAAAGCAACAACAAUGAUAUUCUUGCUAAUGAAAAUGGUGAUACUAAUUCUGUUGUUGAUGUUAAUAGUAAUGACAGAAGUGUUGGUGGUGGGGUUGCCAAGGCAACAGAUGCAACUAUGGCCACAAUGACAUCAUCUUCCCCACAUCUUGAUUUAAGCGAUGCAUUCCAUACGUUCGGAUCAGAGUUCAUGUCUCGAAAGACUCUUUCUGUAUCAUCAACAACAACAAUGGCUGCAGCCUCCUCUUCAUCAUCUUUUGCUAAUGGCAAUGACCAGAAGAAGCAAGAUGAUUAUGAUGGUCAUCAUGAUGUUGAUAAUGAAGACAAAGCAGGUAUGGGACGUGAAGACACAGGAGAGUUUACUUCAUCAGCAUUUCCACAGGAUGGCCAAUAUGAAGACAAGCCAAAGCAACCAGAUGUACAGACAGAUCAUGGGGUACACAGCAGAGACGAUCAUCACGAUAACAACAACAAUCACUAUCAUCAUGAUCAUCAACAUCCAUCAUCAUCAUCAUUGGAAAAUGAGGAAGCAAAAGAGCAGAAUGAAAAUGAAGCAAGACAUUCAGGGGAAUCAGACGACCAUCAUCACAGAACUGUUAACCAAGAUGACCUGGGAGAAUCAUCAUUGUCAAUGUGGUGCAGGUAUUUUUCUGCAAAGAUUGACAUUUUUGUUAACUACAUUGUGGACAUGGCUCCUGAUACUAUCCGAGAUAUCGUCCAACAGCAGACCCUGGGUAUCCCAACUCAUGUGGUGGUCCUAGCUCCACUAUUCAGUCUGGUGUUUCUCAUUGGAUAUCUUCUCUGUACCUCAUGUUCAAAUGGGAGCAGUAAACCGAAGGAGAAUCCUCUCUCAAUUAUCCGAAACCUUGAAGAGAAGCUAUUCAUCACAACAAAGGAAAAUGAGAUCCUUGAGGACAAGGUUCAAACCAUGUGUGAGAAGCUUACUUUGAUGGAAGAGGAAGCGAGAACCCACGCUGAUUCUACUGGAACAUUUGAAGUAGACCUUGAACAAUACAAGCUUGAAAACCGAAAGUUGAGGAAAGAGAUGGAAACUUUAGCAUUCCAAGUAUCAUGCCUCCAAGACAAAUUGCUGGAUCACAGUUCCAUGAUUGAACAGAAAGAUGACGAGCUUUACCAGAGAAGUUUAAAACUGACUGUUUAUAGUAUGUUACAGACAGAAUCUGUAGAAAAUUUGGAGAAAAUAUUCUAG